AUGGCGAAUUUUACAGAAUGUUUUCAUGUGAGCGUCCCCGAUUUGGAUCACCGGCUGACCGACAACGUGGACAUACUUUACACCACAACAGCCGGGUUUAUCCUGAUCGACGUUUUGACGGUCGUGUUCAACGUGGUGGUCGUGGUGGCUAUGGUCAAACAGAUGCUGCUCGACCGUUCUCGCCAGAGCUUCGGACCAGCCACCAACAACUGUAUCAACAAGCUGCUGAUGGUGUCACUGGCCUCAUCAGACACCGUGCUAGGGCUUUUCCUGAUGCCGCUGUGUGUGAUCGAGGUCCGGAACAACGGCAGGUGGGUUAUCGGACCUGGCUGGUGCAAGUUCCGGUACGUCAUCGACAACUUCCUGUGCAGCGUGUCCAGCUUCCACAUCCUGUCUCUGGCACUUGACCGCUACCUGGCCAUCUGCCUGCCGCUCAAGCACCGGCUCCUGACGAUAAAAACCGGGUACCUUCUGGUCGCGCUGACCUGGGCGGUGCCAGCUUUGUUGAUCUUCUCCUGGACAUCCCAGGAACUGGACGAACUGAACGUUUGUCUGCAAGCCCACCAGCUCUGCGGAAGUUUCCUCUUCAAGCCUGUCUUUAUCGUCGGUUUUGCCUGUAUUUUCUUCAUUCCUUUUAUUAUAGUCUACGUCUUGUACUGUCUAAUCCUCAGGUCGAUCUAUACACGAAUGAAGCAGCCCAAAAGAAGAGCUGACACAAGGAAUAUCAAGUUUUCUAUACAAUCUUCAAGAUUUAGAGUCAAUCAAUCGAUUUCUAAUCGAUCAUCGACUCCAGAUAUAAGACAAUCUGAAGAAGAAAUCUCAACCGUAUCCAUCACCCAAAUCCAGACAAUAUCCACAGCGUCAGGGUCGACCUCCAGCACCACCAACUCAGGUUCGAAUCUGACCAAGAACAUGAAAGCCUACAGGACUAUCGGGAUAGUUCUCGUCUGCUUCACCGUCUGCUGGACGCCGGCCUGGGUUCUGGUGCUGGGGUUCAUGACCACCAACCUCAGCACACCCUUCUGGUUGACUAUCUUCUGCAACUGGUUCUCCUACCUUAACUCCACCGUCAACCCGCUGCUCUACUGCUUCAACAGGUCCGUCAGAAAGGCCGUUAGGUCCCUGUUCUGGUGUAAACGUAAGGUGUAA